AUGGAGGUGCAUCACAAUGGUAAUGCCCCAAGCCAGAGCCUCUCAGAGUUGCAGAUUCUGACUAUAAUGAGCGUGCCACCACUCAAGGUGACAGAGCCACGCCUAGUUCGCAAAGUUUUGGUCAGUGACGACCACACAAGCGCCAUUCACGGAUGCUACCAAAUAGUUCUGUGCUAUGAGUGUUUGAUGGAGGGUGAUAAUGGCUGGUGCAUGGCUGGUUGGAUCGUGGAGUCCCUAGCCAGGGUUCUGUUGGAUCACCCUCUUCUUGCAGGUCGCCUUCAAAGAAGGGAAGGCACAGGGUUCGAAAUUGUGGCCAAUGAUUCUGGCAUUAGACUCUUGGAGGCGUGUUACCCAACAAGCUUGUCACACUUUCUUGAGUUGAAUGAAAAAGAACAUCUUGAGACCCAGCUCGUGUUCUGGAAGGAAAUUGAUGCGCAGUGUCCUCAGUUCUCUCCUCUUUUUUAUGUUCAGGCAAAUGUGACAAACUUUGAUUGUGGAGGAUAUGCUAUUGGCAUGAGUUGCAGCCUGCUAUUGGCAGAGGUUUUUCUGGUGGAGAACUUCCUCGGAAAAUGGGCUGAAAUACACAAAAACAUGUCACUCCAACGUGGAGAGAUUAAGACACCCAUAUUCUACCACCCUCGAAUGAAAAACUGUGGGUCUCUUCCAUCAGAUAUAGUUAACCGUGCUCAAAGCCAAAAUGGGGUUCAGAGCUUGGUGUUCAAAAUCACUACUGAGGAUGUAAACUCAAGCAAGGACUUGUGGAGGGACUUGGCCAUGCUUUGUGUUGAGGAAGCAGAAGUGAAGCUAGGCACUGAUUUGUGUUCAGAAUUUUGUGUGGUGGUGAAAGAGUCUUCAGAGGUGACCAAAGUGGAAAGUUGCUCAAUGAAUGGAUGGAGUAGGGGAGAGCAGGGGAUGAGAUUGAAGAUGAAGCAUGAGAUCAGAGGAAGCACAUGGGAAGAUUUUGGAGUGCAGAAGGUGGCAUUUAAUGAAGGAAAUAAACCUGUUCAUGUUUGUUGCUGGAUUGAUUCUGUGAGAGAUGGAUAUGCUAUGACAGUACCACUCCCCUACCUCAAGAACAAUGCAUUUGCUGUGAUUAGCUGA